AUGGCAACCAACACUGUAAGCUUGAAGCUCUUGAUUGACACAAAGGGCCACAAGGUUCUGUUUGCUGAAGCAGGCAAGGACUUUGUGGAUUUCCUUUUCACGCUGCUGGCUUUGCCUGUUGGAACUGUGAUUAGGCUCCUCUCUGAGGAUAACAUGGACACAUUGCUGAAACCCAAGGCACCAAUUGGUGGUGCUAAUGUCCCUCAUCUGUUGACCAAUGAUGAAUCAUUGGCUAAAAAGGUCUACAUGUGUGGGAGCUACCACCGCUUUAUAGCUGACGAUCCUAGAGCCAUUUGCCCAGAGUGCAAAUAUACUCUCUCUACCGAGGUGCCUUAUGUUGCAGCACAGGCUAUCACCGAAGGAUCAUCUGGUGGUGGUGGUGGUGGUGGAGGGUAUGUGAAAGAUGUUGUUACGUACAUGAUAAUGGAUAAUUUGGAAGUGAAGCCUAUGUCUACCAUAUCGUGUAUAGCUAUGUUGAACAGGUUCAAUGUUAAGGAGGUUGGUACCCUUGAAGAGAGGAUGGUUCUUCUGGGCAUGGAUGAGGGUCUGAAAUUGCUCAAGGCAUCAUUGGAGUCUAACGCAGUUCUUACCGGUGUCUUCCUUGGGAAGAAAGAGGAGUAA